AUUGCGCAUGCGUUCUCGUCAUGACGUGUUUGUCGUUAAGUCUCUGGUGGCGAGCUAGACGCAGUCUGCACGACAUAUGCCUGUCCACACAUGGUAAUCUGUCUCCUGACUGGUGACUGAUGGUCAAGAAUCUAUUGGCCAAGGGAGACAACUAACACUUUACGUUUUGUGAUCAAUUGCUCUCCCCUGUUUGACCUUGCACUGAUAAUCCAAGUCGCUCUAUUAAAAGAAUUAUUGAACGAGUCAUCUGCACAACGCGCUCCUCGUGCCACACCUACAUACAGUCACAUCCACCAAGUCACCCACAAGACGCCAGAAAAAAAAAGUCCCAAAGCCCACUCACCGCCAUUUCGCCUCACACCUGCUGCACUCCAAUAAAUAAAAACUCAAAAGCCAUACGAAGCACCCAGAGGUCUUUUUUCCUGUCCAUCAGCAAGAUGCAAGGGGUCAGCCAAAAGGCAAUCGGGAUGCAGUGAGCGGCACUGGGAAUGGCACAUUACACAAGUGAUGACUGUAAACGGGAACCAACCAUAGAAGAGACCAACACGCCUCUGCGCACGGCCCGCUUUUCCUUUUAUGGUCAAGGCAGUCCACAUGAGGUGGAGCUUCGCGGAGGCCACGCGGUAGCGUUACAACUGACCGCUAACAAACCGGUUGACCAUCUAUGUGACUGACACCUAGUCUUCCCUGAUGACUGCAUCUGGUGAUACUGAUAUUUUAAAUUUCCUUAAGUUGUAACGUUAGCCGAACCUUCACUUCAAAGGGAGAAGCUCUGCUUGGGACAAAAAACUCUUCAAAGGAUUGCCGUGGUGUUCAUCAGUAUUUGUAGUAAUUUAUUGUAGUAAAUCUUUAAGCGUGGUCAUGCUAUUGUUGUUAAAUGCUUGAACAAACAAACAAUUGAGAGAACGUACGGUCGAGGGACUUGUGUAAUCACGUGUUUAAGACUCGUUGGCUUAACAAAAUCUCUUGGAUUCAAAUUAUUUAGUUUGAUGACAAACUCACUCUGAUCGUUUCAAAAUUUCUGUACCAUUCUGUGGAUAUUUUAUUACUCCAGUGAUUUCUGUGUCAAUAUUGUUUAAUGGUUUCAAGCAACAUAUAAGUGUAUAUUUCAUGGAGCACAGAUUUCAAGCUUAGCAAAUAGUUUUCUGCAUAACUGUUAUUAUCUGCUUUUCGUGUUGAUUGGGUUGUCUGUAUGCAAAAAUAUGAAAGUUAAGAAACUUUGGUUCGAUACAUAGCAGGCUAAAUCAAGGAAGCAUUUGAACACAUAGAGUAUGUACAUACUUUAUCCGUUCAGAAGAGUUUCGUAAGAAUACGGAGGCGUGGGAGUACUUCAUCAGCUAAUCUGAGUCUUCAAGUUGUGUUAAGUUUCACUAGAUACGUGCUUUAAACUUUCUUUGUUUUUUUUCCCCUGUCAUUGUAAAUUGAAACAUUCUUUGCUGGGGGUUUUUUUUCGUCUUUUCAAAAAUGUCGACAACAUCUCAGAUAGCUAACAUCGCUGCAAAGCAUCGUUGCGACUGCUAUUCCUCCGCAACCACUUCUUUCCUGUACGGACUGCGGCGGGAGGGACCGCCAACGGAACGCACCACCUUGGAGAGGCUGCUCAACAUCCUGUCCCGCGCAGCGAUCUCUGACAGCAAGAAUCCGCAGAGAAUCUGGAGCCAGCAGCCGGACUGGUGGCACCUGUGCACGUCUUUACCAUGGAAGAACCCUCGCGAGCACCCGAAGGACCGAAAGGAUGUGCUGAAGAGGAAAGUGGAGAUCCUGCAGGGAGCAGCUGCAGCUGCGUGGGAUGCUGACGAAGGAGCUGGAGGAGGAGUGGCUGUUGUACAAGAGCAGCACCAAAACGGACCUGGAGCGGAAAGUCCGACUUCGAGGCCAUCAUCGCCAAAUCGUCUGGCUUGCAUCACAUGCUGGACCGUGUGCGGGACAAAGUAAAGAGCGCUUGCCUCCUGAGCGAUAAGGUCGCCGAGUACAUCUGCCAGCUGAAGGUUUGCUUGGAGAAGUCCCUUCGCGAGGUCUCCGCCAUGCACUGCCUCGUGGAGGAGAAGGAACGCGGCAAGAAAAAGCUGUGGGACCAGAUGGGCGUCUGCCAACCGGCCAAGCGACUGAAGAUGGUCAACGGCGGAAAUCUCACCAUCUUUUCUCCCGACGACCACAUUGACGACGUUCCGGAGCUGUCCCCGAUUUUACUGAUGUCAAACAUGGAUUCUGACCCAUUGCCUUCGCCUUCUACUGAACACGAGUCUAUAGACUAUCCUUCCUUGGAGAACCUUCGCAGAGAGCAAAGUUGAACAUGAAUUGAAUUGCGAGGUGACUCUGAAUUCUGCUUCCUAUAUGGAUGAUAUCAACAAAACUGGAAAGCGUCGUCUAGGCCACGUCCCAUCAGCCAUGCUCUUUCAGACGAGGAAUCCUUAUCUCUGCUCAAGAAGUUUCUUGCGAAAAAACCGAAAGCAUCGCCGCCUCAGUGACAAAAGCUACUCACAGAGGAUACUCUAGUGGUUCCACUACCGCAAAAGAAAUGAAAGAACUAAAACUUGCUCUCAGCCGUGAAAAGAUCACAGAAUCCUCCAAGUGUAAGUCUUCUGACAUAAUCAUUACGUCUCCUGAGCUGCUCCUUACGUCUCUCAACGUGUCUGUUACGUCUCCUGACGUUUCCAAAUGAGAUUUCUAACAUUCACAUUGCAUCUCCUACCGUUAAAUCUCUCAACGUCCCCUCUGCGUCUUCUGAAGUGGCCGUUACAUCUCAUGGCACAUCUCCAAAUGUGUCUGUUACAUCUUCUGACAUGCUACGGAUGAAAGUGCCUUCAUGGUCAGGAUUAAGUGCCAGGGACACCCGCUUGACCACGAGUAAGCAUGUACGUCGCAAAAGCGAAUCUGGACUAGAUAAGACCAGAAGCCCGCCAUUCCCUCGACACCUGUCUCAGGUGCUUCCCCAGACGACAAAGCUGCCGAACUUUCUCGACAUUCCCAUCACCUCUUACAACACGUUCCCUGAUGUGCGCCAUGCAGCCAAGCGCAGCAGCACUCAAACUGCGACCAACACCCAACGUCGGACUAGAGCGCCCCCUACGGCGUCAUCCAGAGCCACGGACAGAGAGACAGAACUGGCAGUCAGCGCCAUAUUGGUACCCGAGGCCGACCAAGAAGAGAUCAUCGUGGCAGACGACGACAUCCUGAACGACGUGGAGGAGAUCAUCGAGGAGAGCCCUGCCCCUACUGUGCGCAUGUACGUCGAAACGGUAGACAACAACGACGACGACCUGCAAAAGAACGUCACCGACAGCUACGGGCAGGUGGAGUACGAAGACAUUUUGCCCAGUGUGGAAGGGGUCAUCAUGGCAGGUCUGUCAGAGGGAGUAUCUGAGGGAACGACGGGACUGGAGGACUGUAAGAUCCCGCAAGUCCUCCUCCCUGUCUCAAGUUAUUCUGUGUCGCAAAGGUUGUUCAGUGCCACACCUAACGCCCUGUCAUUUGAUAUAGGUAGAGAAGUUAUUCCCUAAUGUCUUAUUAUUAUUAUUGAUUAUAAUAAAAUAAUUGAAUAUA